AUGACGACAUUGAUGACGUCGACGACGACGAUUGAAAUUCAGAUACGAAAAAGAUAUACGUUGAGAUUCGAAAACGGAAAUGCUUUCAAAAAAAAAAAGAGAAAAGCGCGGGAAAAUGAAUUUUCCUUUGAAAAUUAUGUAAGAUCUCUUCAAAUCGACCCAUACCAAAUGAAAUUCGUUACGGACGGUGAAUUGCCACUAAGGCAAUGCCUUCACCCGGAAGCGUGUAACAAAAAUAUCGAUCUUCCGGAAUACUACAAUAGUUUCAUCGAUUUAAGAAAGGAUUUCAAAGCUUUUUAUUCAUCUCCGGACGACAUGGGAAGCGGACAAGUAUGUAUGGGGACUCCGAUGUCAAGGCAAACCGCCCAUGAUAGAAAACGUGAACGUGUUUUGCGUUUAAAAACAGAUUUAAGAAUGGUUCCAGAGACUGAGCCAGAAUUUUAUUUGAAAGAAGCUAAGGACAUGCUUAACAUAACACAAAGACUUAUCGCUGAUGGAUACAGGUUUAACAACGUGGAAGUUAUAUCAAUUCAAUUGGAACCGGGUCUUUGCUCAAAGGAUGAAGAAGUAGAUCCAAAUUCUGUUGUUAGAGCUCGUGGACUUCCUUGGCAAUCAUCAGACGGUGACAUUGCCAGGUUUUUUAGGGGAUUAAAUAUAGAAAAAGGUGGAGUCGCAUUGUGUUUGAGUCCUGCGGGAAGGCGAAACGGUGAAGCACUCGUAAGGUUCGUAAAUCAAGCGCAUAGAGAUAUGGCAUUGAAAAGGCACAAACAUCAUAUGGGACAAAGGUACAUAGAAGUGUACAAGAGCACGGGAGAAGAAUUUGUUUUCGUCGCCGGGGGUAGCAGUACGGAAGCCCACAAUUUUCUCACGAGAGGAGGUCAAGUCAUAAUAAGAAUGAGGGGUUUACCAUAUGAAUGCACGGCGGAACAAGUUUUGGAGUUUUUCAGAACGGGAGAAAACAACACGUGCGAAGUUUUAGACGGAGAAGAUGGCGUUUUAUUCGUUAAGAAAUCCGACGGACGUGCAACGGGUGAUGCUUUCGUUUUGUUUUCAAACGAAUCGGAUGCACCAAAAGCCCUUAGCAAACACAGAGAACGAAUCGGUUCGCGUUACAUCGAAUUGUUUCGGAGCACGACAGCCGAAGUUCAACAGGUGUUGAACAGAGCGCAAGAAGAUCCAAAGCCGGUUCCGGUGCAACUUCCUCCUCAACUUCCGACACCGCUUCCCACAACUCUAUACCCACAGCAGCUCAUCACGAGUGGAACGAGUAAAAAUUGCAUACGGCUCCGUGGUUUGCCCUACGAAGCUCAAGUCGAGCACAUACUUGAUUUCCUAGGAGAUUAUGCGAAAAACAUCGUUUUCCAAGGCGUACACAUGGUUUAUAAUUCGCACGGUCAACCUAGCGGCGAGGCAUUCAUUCAAAUGGACUCGGAAGCGUCCGCGUUUCACGCUGCCAAUCACCGACAUCAUCAGUACAUGAUAUUCGGGAAAAAACAGCGAUACGUCGAAGUGUUUCAGUGCAGCGGAGACGACAUGAAUUCUAUAUUGACGGGCGGUCAAGUUUCGCCUAAAGCAACGUCGGUCCUUAGUUCAGGUAUUGAAAACAAUAUGCCAGGUGUGGGUUUAACAGUUGCUUCCACGAUACUUCCGUCCUAUUACGAACCUCCCCAAGUCCCAAUACUUCCCGCUCUCAACAUACCCCCGCAUCCGAACGUUUUUCUACUCAAUCAACUCGCGUUGCAACAACAGCACAACGCUCUCGCCGCAGCUUCGCUAAUACAGAAAUCGUCUCCGAAAACCGUGUACGCGGUCCCUCCUCCUCCGACGUAUUCGCAGUGGCCCGCGGAAAUCGAUCCCUACGCCGCGUUAAACAAUAACAUUCCGGCGACGAAAGUGACGGCGGCGACUCCCGUCGUCACAACCGCGGCGGCACCCAAAACCGUGCUCGCCAACGGUCAGGCAAGCGAUUCAAUGGCUCUCGUUCCCGUCAAACCCGAACCCCCGAAACCCGAGGUUUUGGCAGCCGCGCAAUCGGAUUUGUAUUCGCCCUAUCCGUCGUAUCCCGCGGCGUAUUUCAUUUCGCCGAGAGUCGCCAUGUAUCCGAAAGUGGGAUUCCCGAUUCCCGCGACCGUGCCUCCCGUCAUCGUGCCUCAAGUCGCACCCGUCGGCGUUUUGGGUUUGAAACGUUCGUGGGAGCAAGCGUUUCCCGUUGAAACGGCAGCUGCUCAAGCGGCUGCCAAACGUUGGCAACCACCUCCGGUUGCCGGUUUCGCAGCUCCAGGUUUCUACCACGAAGUUUAA